AUGAGUCUAAGUCAAUUCAAUACCGGCAAGGCACAGGAAAGUCAAGGGUUAUCAGUUCAAUCAUUCCUGAGCUCUUCCGCAAUUUACGCUACGAUAUGUGUGAUUUUGGUAGUAUAUGAACUGAAGAGCAGUCGUUCGUCGAACUUUCCCAGUCUGGUGGCCUUUCUCAGAUGGCCACGUGACUCAAGGAGCCUGAUUGCGCAGUAUGGACCGGACAAGUACUUUCUCAUCCGUUUCUUCCAUACUGUGAUCAAGAUCUUUCUACCUCUUUCGAUUGGGCUUACGGCAUCUUUGUUUCCAAUAGACAUCACUGCACGUCAUUCGGCCGCCGUCACAGGUUUAGACCGACUCAGCUGGGCGAAUUUGGAAUCAGGACAAGCUGGUCGAUUAUGGGGCAACGCAGUAGCAGCAACAUUCUCUAUGAGCUAUAUUUGCUAUGUUCUCGUUGGAGAGUUCCAUGAUUUGAUCAGCAUUCGUCAGGAUUAUUUACGGCGGGUGUCGGCGUCAUCCACAGCGGUUCUCGUGACCGAUAUUCCGAGAGAAAGAUUGUCGGAAGAUAGUCUAAGGGAGGAUUACGCACGCUUUGAUGGCGGCCCAACCGAAGUAUGGAUUCAUAAGGAGUAUGGCCAAAUUCUGAACACCCUACUACAGCAGCGGAGUAGGCUUAUGAGGCAGCUCGAAAUUCAUCUGACAAAAAAAUUCUACAAUCGUGAAGCAGCUGCUCGGACGGUCGAAAAGGAUGAGAAGCUGAAAUCUAUUGCCACAGAGUAUCAGAAGCUGAACGAGCAGAUCAAGGAUCAGAUGAAAGAUCCCAAUAACGCUUCUUACAGGCCGUCGGCACUGGUUAGGUUUAGGGACUCCAUUGCUCCUCAUUUAGUCCAACAGGUGGUGCAGAGCCCACAGAUAAUGCGUAUGAUCCCACACCCGAUCCAGUCGACGAAUGACAUUAUACUGCCGAAUCUCUCGCUAUCGUGGAAGCGUCGCCUCGUUCAACGCCUGAUGGUGGAGGCGAUUGUUGUCGUUUUCUGCAUCUUUGUUAGUGUGCCGGUUGGUCUUACCGGGGCCCUUUCGCAAAUAUCGUACCUAGCCGAUCAAAUACCGUGGGUAGCACAUCUCAUGAGCAGCCUCGAAGGAUCGCGAUGGCUGGCGAUCAUCCAGGGCCUACUGCCACAGAUCUUCCUGUCCGUGUUAAUAACGUUUUCUCCGCAACUGAUCUUGAUAGCGGUUUCCUACCAGCGUCAUGUGACGUACUCCGAAAAAGAGAUGUCAAUUGCGGGAUAUUAUUUCUUUUUCCUCUACAUACAGAUAUUUCUGGUUGUGUCCUUGGCGUCUGGUCUCACAACAGUGAUACCGAACGUUCUGAGGUAUCCGGGGUCGGUCCCUGGAAUCCUUGCCGACAACAUACCGAAGUCUAGUAAUUACUUUUAUUCGUACCUCGUGCUACAGUGCAUUACUCAAUGCUCAUUGUCAUUGCGCCGUCUUCCCUAUGUCGUGUGGUACUGGUUGUCGUCUCACUUGAUACAGUGGACAUCACGGACACCUCGAGAGAUUUGGAAAAUGCAAGAGAUUUCGGUCCAUUGGGGUCUUGUAUACCCCGUAACGGGAGCGGUUGAAACAGGAGGUCUGUUGUACUGGAGAGCCCUUCACCAACUUUUCAUUGGGAUGUAUACUGCCGAAUUGACUCAGUUAGGACUCUUUACUCUUCGAGAUGCCAAGCUGCAGGCAAUGUUGAUGCUAUUGACCGGUCUGAUGACUGCCAUAGCACAGUGGUUUCUGUCUCGAAUCUACGGACCUUUACUUCGGCAUCUCCCUGCCGGCCUCAUUAGCUCGAGGAAUGAGAGUAAACAAGAUACCAACUCGGAUCCGUGGAUGGCCUCCAUUUUGAUUGAACAACCGAUAUGGGCGCCUGCACCCGAUGCUAUCCGCCACGAACUACUGACUAGGUUCGGGAUCUAUGUCUCACAGGAAGGGAUGGAAUGCUACUCCGACAGGAUCGAUCCUGUCAGGGGUCCGCCACAGACCAUCGCAGCCCGAAGGACGAGAACUACUCUUUCAAAUCCAACAGAGUGA